AGAUAUACGGGGGGGGGACGGAUUGUGAGAGAAAUAGGAACUGGAGAGAGUGAGAAGAAUAGUCGGAGGAAGUCGGGCUAGCGGGUGUCGCGCACCAUUUGGACCUAUUGAUCAAAUCAACCGAGUGUGUUUAGGGAGGAGGAGGAUCGCGACUUCUUCUGCGACCGAAUUUCAGUAACUGAGGCGCAUCAGAAGUUGUAUCGAAGAUAAACAAACAGCUGACUCGUUUGGCACGCCUACGAGGAUCGCUAUGGCCAUGGCUGUGUGCUUGGCCGGGCUCUUGUUGCUCAUGUUCCCUUUAGCGCACCCACAGCAGCCGCCAUGUGACGGAUACGAGGUUUUGGAUGGGCUGGGGGUGACUGAUGCCAGGGCAGAGGCUCCGCGGAUAAACAAUUUGCUCAACUCCUCGGGGGACGUCAACUCCGAUCAGGAGUGUUGGGCCCUUUGCUGCUCCACCGAGCGCUGCGAACUUGCUGAAAUGUCCGACGGAAUCUGCAAACUCUUCAGCUGUUUGUACAGUGGCCUCAGUGUGUGUCAGCUGGAGCCCAAAGAUGGAGCCCGAAGUUAUCGCAAAAAGGACAUCGGACCAACACCCACACUGAAAGCUGAACUGUCCAAUGAUAUCUUGCCACCAAGUAAAUCUGUGGUUGAAGCAAAUGUGGACCAGGCCUGUACUGGGAAUGGGGUAACCGGUAUCUGCCGAGCUUCCUUUCCUCGUUGGUACUUUAAUGCUGAAUCCCAGACUUGUGUAUCCUUCACAUAUGGUGGAUGUGGUGGCACGGAAAACAACCAUAAGUCUGAGAAGGAGUGCAGAGACAGGUGUAUCGUUUCCAAGCCAGAACCUGCAAAAGUUCAAGCACCAAAGACUGUCAGCUACAGCGAGUACUGCGCAGCACCAAGUCUAACUGGUCCAUGCCGUGCAUCAUUCAGCCGCUGGUAUUAUGAUACAACAUCUGGCCAGUGCGCUACAUUCACUUAUGGAGGAUGUCGUGGAAACAAAAACAAUUACCUUAGUGAGGACGACUGUGUGAAAAAUUGUGUUGGACGAUCAGAUGAUGAUCACACUUCAGAGCAAACUGUGCUUCACCGAUACACGACUGUUUCCAAACCAGAACCUGCAAAAGUUCAAGCACCAAAGACCGGCAGCUACAGCGAGUACUGCGCAGCACCAAGUCUAACUGGUCCAUGCCGUGCAUCAUUCAGUCGCUGGUAUUAUGAUACAACAUCUGGCCAGUGCGCUACAUUCAUUUAUGGAGGAUGUCGUGGAAACAAAAACAAUUACCUUUCUGAGGACGACUGUGUGAAAAAUUGUGUUGGACGAUCAGAUGAUGAUCACACUUCAGAUCAAACUGUGCUUCACAAAUCCAUGACUACUGUGGUGCUGCCUAUAUUACUUGCUAUGCUGGCUGGGAUCUUGCUUUUUGCCAUGAUUGUGUUCUUUGUCAAGAUGGCAAAGAAGAAUCAACGGGAUGCAGCACUCGGAGCCAUUUGGAGCCCCAUUGAUGACAAGGAAUGCUUGAUGAACAAUGCCUACACCAUCUAAACAAAGAAUUAAAUAUCCAAGCUAAAUACACUCCAUAGUUGUAACGGUAAAACAGUGUAUCAUUUUGCAGAGAGGGACAUGUAGGCAGAACCCACUGCAUGAUUUCUAGAUUUUACUUACCUGGCAUUAUAUUAUUGUUUUCCUCUCCUGGCUAUAUAAAAGCAAGUACGUUUUAUUUAAAAAAAAAACAUCGAACAUCCACUCCAAUACAAAGUUAUGUUAAAGAGUUUAACUAUAGCAUUCUGUACUACUAUGUAAUAGUUCUAGAUUAUCAUUUAUUAAUGGAUCUGAAACUUGAAUAACUCAUUGGGGGUCAUUUAGCAACACUGGGCAAAUUUGCCUAUGGGCAGUAACCCAUAGCAACCAAUCAAAUUGCUGCAUUCAUUGUUCUACUUGCAGCAGGCUUUAAAAAGGCAAUCACUGAUUGGUUGCUAUAGGUAACUGCCCAUGGGCAAAUUUUCCCAGUGUUGAUAAAUGAGCCCCAUUGACUUUGUUGUUGCUGGAAAAAACAUUUUAGAUCAAAUGGCCACAGUUUGUUAUUGGUCUGCACACAGAUUUCUAGCUAAAUAUUUUCUGUUCUGAAUUCACUAAUGUACAGAGCCUCUAAUACUCAAUGUUGCUUAUAUAGUGGUUUCCCCAAAAAAAUUUUUUUGCACUGAAGUCCCUGGCAUGUGACUGCCCUUCAAACUGCAGCACGUUGGAAAUUCAUAUUUUAUAGCUUUUUGGAUACUUUCUUAGCAGUCUCUUAAGUUCUACCAGUCUAACAAAAUACAUUUUUCAAAUAUCCAAGUUCCAUAAACUAAGAAAAACUGGUGACAACCGCCUUUGUUCCAAGAGCAACUUGUUUUUUAUAUUUUCUGCCCAUCAGCGCUGUGGAUGCUAAGGCUUAGUUCUUGUUUUGCUUUGUUCUCAUUUUAUUAUGUAGAUCUGUCACAAUUUUUAAAUUAAUGCAGAUAUUGUGUAUUUCUCCUUGUGGGUAGUUAACUUUGGCAAGGAAACAUUGCCACGUCCAGAAUGUCACUUGAAGGACUCAAGAAUGGGGUCUUUAAAACUUUAUCCCAAGUGCUUUUCUUUUUCUUUGACAGUCUUGAUUUUGGUGAGAUUUUUCAAUCAUAAAUUUGUAUUUGGUUACUGACAUAAUCGGGUUGUUUGUUUUUAAGACGCACUAUUGUUAUUUUUAAUGCACAUCUUGUAUCUCCUAAUAAAAGGUUAGUCUGGA